AUGAAGAUCUUUCCUUGGAUAAUAUGGUACAUAUGGAAAGCGCGCAAUGAAAAGCUGUUCAACAACAAGGAUUUCUCAUCGCUAGACACACUUCAACUAGCCACGAGUGAAGCAGAAAGCUGGACCAUUGCUCAGCUCGUACCAGCGAUGGAAGAAACCGAGCCAAACAUUGCUAUGGAGGGAGAACAUGAAGCGAUCACACCGCCGAGUCCUCCAAGGUGGAGAUGUCUGGUAGAUGCCUCGUGGUUAAGUGAUCGAGAAGACAUUGGUAUGGGAUUUGUGAUAUUGGAUGCAGGAGUGACUAUCCUGUUCGGGGCAAAGCGAAGAAACAGGGCAGAAUCUCCCCUACACGCGGAGGCUGAAGGGCUUAUAUGGGCACUACAGGAAACGAUUAAAAGGCGAUCCAUGAUAAUGCAUUUUGAGUAUGACUGUCAACAAUUGGUGAACCUGAUACAGAAAGAUGAAGAGGAGUGGCCGGCCCUGGCAACAGAAUUAGACGAAAUUAAAGCUUUAGCAAGUUGCCUCAGUACUUCUCCAUUUCAUACGUAUCACGAUCGUUGA